AUGCCGAGAAAGAAGCGACCCGUGGACAUAGACCCUGGAGAUGUGUCAAGCCCAAUUUCAAGAAAGAUUCUCAAACUUCACAUUGAAGGUGCUUCUUCUGAAAACGCAUGCAAUCCAGUCAACUGCAUUGAGGCCCAUUUCUCAGGGGACAGCAACCCAUCCAUCAUGGCGUCACCUGAACCCCACCCAUCAUAUGCCCCUGCUAACUUGUACCCACACCCAUACAUCAAUGCAGCAAACAUGAGCAACAAUGCCAUGAACGACCACAUCAUUCCAGCAGCUGCAGCUCCUGCAGUCGCCACCCCGUCGUCCUCGUCGUCAGUGCCACAGCCGGCUGCCAACUACUUCACAGGGCAGCACUACCAACCUGAACUGAGUGAGGAGGAGAAUCCCUGCUACUACAACAUCAACAAGCACCUCUUCUACCUACACAUGGAGAGGAUGGCACGAUCGAAAGGCUCACAUCAACUACAACAAUGA